AUGGUAAUGAAGAAAAUAAAGCAGAAGCUGGACACCCAGUUUACCUGUCUCUUCUGCAAUCAUGAAAAGUCAGUCACGUGCACAAUGGAUAAGAAGUCCAAUGUGGCCACAUUGCUCUGUAAGGUGUGCGGGCAGUCGUUUCAGAGUCCUAUAAAUUCACUUUCCGAACCCGUCGAUAUUUAUUCCGACUGGGUCGAUGCCUGUGAGGCUGUGGCUGAGGAAGAGGCCAAGUUGGUUGAGAAUGGAAAGAGUCUGUUAGAUGCUGGUGAUGGAGACGUAGACGGUGACGAAGAUGAAGACGUCAAGGCAAAGGACGAGGAUGACUACUGA